AAAAUAUUGUGUAAUGGAGAAAAAAAACAAAAAAGUGUCUUCAAAGUUAGUUUUUGGGGGCUUUAAACUCAAAUGGAUUUAUUUGCUGCCUGUUUGGAAUAUGCAAUUCAUAACAUGUUAAAAUAGAAGUAUCAUAAAUUACUUUUAGGGACACACACCUGUAUGAGAUGUUGUGUGAAUGCCUAUGGUUAUUGUAGUUAUGGUGCUCUUGAUAUUAGUUCAACUGGACCUUGAUCGGCCCUGUGCAACUCUGGGACCCCCUUGAAUAUUUUAUACCCCACCUGGCAUGACACAUGGGUGUCUGUAUCUUUACAGAAGAUAUCCUAUCUAUGGAAUGUUGAUGUUCUUACGUUAUUUAUUUGAAUUUGGAUUAAAUGCUUAAGUGUUGAAAGUCUACAGUCAUUAUUUAUGAUGGAGACAUUUAAAAAAAAAAAAAAAAAGCUCUUUGAUUUGGGAGGAGGCGUGUCACUCCACUGAUGUCCACUAGCUGUGUGUGUGUGUGUGUGUGUGUGUGUGUGUGUGUGUGUGUCCCUCCCUCUGCCUCCCUUCCUCUCUCCCGGCUGCAGUCGGCCGGCCCUGUCUGCCUCUGAGCCUGCUGGGAGUUUUGCGUGUGUGUGGUGCGUGUGUGUGUGUGGUGUGUGUGUGUGUGGUGCGUGUGUGUGCGUGCGUGUCGGGGGUGGGGGGGUGGUAGAAGGAGAAGCCGUCGAGGGACAGUCAGCAAGCAGCAGCCAGGGGGGGAAGUGUGUGUGAGUGUGUCUCUCCCAAACUGGAAAAGCAUUAAAAAAAAACGGACAACUACACGCGCGCGCCAUUCAACCCGACUUUUACGCGCUUCCGGACCGGACGCGUUGUUGUUGGCACAACUUUUACGGGGAGCUGUGAAAAAGACCCCCCCGCCACGGAGACCCUGAAACUCUGAUUUUUUCUCUCCCCCGUCUUCUUCGGUGGUAGCAGCAGCAGCAGCAGCGCUGUGGCGCCGCGCGCACCGCUCCGACAGUCGAGUGGAGUCGUUGGUCGGAGCAGGAGUUGCGCAUUGGCCCCGCUGCGUAUCCACGGGGAAGAGGAACAAUGAAGGACUGACCCGUUUCCCUCUCUCUUCCCCCGAAGUGGCGCCUGUUGCACAGUCGGAUCCUCGUUGAUUUCGACUCGCACCUCAUCGUCUUCAGUCUAUGUUCUUUCUUUUUUCUCCCCCCUCCCCACGACUCUUUCCGUCCGUCCGCCUGUGGUGUGGGAUGCGUCGGCUGCUGCUGUAGGAUCGACCCCCCCCCCCCAUCCCCAAAAACCAGCUUGUUGACAAAUAGUUGUUUUGUCCUCCCUCACAAGAAGUUUACUACAAGCUUCGGACGCAGGAAGUUUGGAAAAAUGUCCUCGCCGAGGUUCAAAAAGGAUAAAGAGAUAAUCGUGGAGUACGAGAGUCAAGUGAAAGAGAUCCGGGCCCAGUUGGUGGAGCAGCAAAAAUGUCUGGACCAGCAGACGGAGGUGAGGGUCCAGCUGCUGCAGGACCUCCAGGACUUCUUCAGGAAAAAGGCGGAGAUAGAGAUGGAAUACUCGAGAAACCUGGAGAAACUGGCCGAGCGCUUCAUGGCAAAGACUCGCAGCACCAAGGAUCACCAGCAGUACAAGAAAGACCAGAACCUGCUGUCACCGGUCAACUGCUGGUAUCUGCUGCUGAACCAGGUGAGGAGGGAGAGCAAGGACCACGCCACCCUGAGUGACAUCUACCUCAACAACGUCAUCAUGAGGUUCAUGCAGAUCAGCGAGGACUCCACGCGGCUACUCAAGAAGAGCAAGGAAAUAGCCUUUCAACUCCAGGAAGACUUAAUGAAGGUCCUAAAUGAGCUGUACACAGUGAUGAAGACCUACCACAUGUACCACACGGAGAGCAUCAGCGCCGAGGGCAAGCUGAAGGAGGCCGAGAAGCAAGAGGAGAAGCAGAUCGGCAGGGGGGACCCCGUCUUCAGCAUCCGGAUGGAGGACAAGAACGCGAGGCGCAGCUCGGUGAAGAAGAUCGAGAAGAUGAAGGAAAAGCGUCAAGCCAAGUACUCCGAGAACAAGCUCAAGUCGAUCAAAGCGCGGAACGAGUACCUGCUGACGCUGGAAGCGUCCAACUCCUCCGUUUUCAAAUACUACAUCCACGACUUGUCGGACUUAAUUGACUGCUGUGAUUUGGGGUACCAUGCAAGUCUGAACCGAGCCCUGCGGACCUACCUGUCGGCCGAGUACAACCUGGAGACGUCGCGCCACGAGGGUCUCGACAUCAUCGAAAACGCCGUGGACAGCCUGGACCCGCGGAGUGACCGGCAGAGGUUCAUGGAGAUGUUCCCCACGGCUUUCUGCCCGCCGGCAAAGUUCGAGUUCCAGUCUCACAUGGGCGACGAGGUGUGUCAGAUCUCCGUGCAGCCUCCGGUGAACGGAGAGCUCAUCCUGAGGUUCCAGCAGCUGCAGUCUCGCCUCGCUACCCUGAAGAUCGAAAACGAAGAGAUCAAGAAGACAUCAGAGGCCACCCUGACCACCAUCCAGGACAUGGUGACCAUUGAGGACUACGACGUGUCCGAGUGUUUCCACCACAGCCGCUCCACCGAGUCGGUCAAGUCCACUGUGUCCGAGACGUACCUCAGCAAACCCAGCAUUGCCAAGCGGAGGGCCAACCAGCAGGAGACGGAGCAGUUCUACUUCAUGAAAUUCCGGGAGUUUCUGGAGGGCAGUAAUCUCAUCUCCAAGCUGCAGGCCAAACACGACUUGCUGAAGAGGACGCUCGGCGAAGGCCACAGAGCUGACUACAUGACCACAAGACAUCCCAACGGAACGUUCAAAACCCUCACUGGCACCCGGCGGGCUAGACCCCGCUCUGUUUUUAAUGUUAGGUUAUUUAAUGGCAAUAUGGAGUCAUUUAUUAAGGACUCUGGACAAGCGAUCCCUCGCGUGGUCGAAAGCUGCAUCCGCUACAUCAAUUUGUAUGGCCUCCAACAUCAAGGACUAUUCCGUGUUUCCGGAUCCCACCUGGAAGUCAAUGACAUCAAGAACUCGUUCGAGCGAGGAAACGACCCCCUGACGGAUGAUGAGAACAACCAUGACAUCAACUCAGUGGCCGGCGUUCUCAAACUUUACUUCCGGGGCCUGGAGAACCCUCUUUUCCCCAAGGAGAGGUUCAAUGAUCUGCUCUCGUCCAUCAGAAUAGAAAACCUGUACGAGAGAGCACUGUACAUCCGUAAGAUCCUCCUCACCAUUCCCAGAUCAGUCCUCAUCGUCAUGCGAUACCUCUUCGCCUUCCUCAACCAUUUGUCCCAGUACAGUGACGAGAACAUGAUGGACGCGUACAACCUGGCCAUAUGCUUCGGCCCCACGCUGAUGCCCACGCCCGACACCCAGGACCAGGUCUCCUGCCAGGCGCACGUCAACGAGAUCAUCAAGACCAUCAUCAUCCACCACGAGACAAUCUUCCCUGACGCCAAAGAACUGGAUGGGCCCCUUUAUGAGAAGUGCAUGGCCGGAGGAGAUUACUGUGAGAGCCCCUACAGUGAGCACGGAGCCCUGGAGGAGGUGGAGAAUGAGGGAGGGACGGAGACGCACACCAGCGAGGACGAGGGCGAGCCCAUCGAAGCCAUCGCCAAGUUCGACUACGUCGGGCGCUCCUCCCGAGAGCUGUCCUUCAAGAAGGGAGCCUCCCUGCUGCUGUAUCAGCGGGCGUCCGAGGACUGGUGGGAGGGACGGCACAACGGCAUCGACGGCCUGGUGCCACACCAGUACAUCGUGGUCCAAGACAUUAGGCACAAGAAAAGGUCAGAGCCGCCAUCUCGACGGCCCCCCGCCCGCCCCAGCGAUGUCCACUGCAUGGUGCACGCCUCGCAGCAGGGUCACGGCGGACACGGCGGCACCCCGGAGAUGGGCUCCCCAGUCCUCGGCCACUUUAGCCCGCGGGACAUGCUGCGGAGCCGCAACCACAUGGCCGUGGACAGCCCCGAGCGGCGGCGCCGCACGGGCCACGGCAGUCUGACCAACAUCAGCCGCCACGAGUCGCUGAAGAAGAUGGAGAGCCCCCCGAUCCGCCGCUCCACCUCCUCGGGCCAGUACACGGGCUUCACCGACGUCCACCACCACCACCACCUGCACCACCACCACGGCGGCAAGCCGCUGGACCCGGAGAGCAUCGCACAGGACAUAGAAGAAACCAUGAACACCGCUCUGAACGAGCUGCGUGAGCUGGAGCGGCAGAGCUCGGCGAAGCACGCCCCCGACGUGGUGCUGGACACCCUGGAGCAGCGGCAGACCUCCGGCGGCGGCGGCGGCAGCGGCGGGGGCCCCACGCCGGCCAGCUCCAGCGAGUCCCUCAGCCCCAUCCACGGCGUCAUGCUGCGGUCCACGGCAAACACCGAGCCGCCGCUCCGCCGCAGCACCAGCUCCUCCAGCGACACCAUGAGCACCUUCAAGCCCGCGGUGGCGCCCCGCAUGGGGGUGCAGCUCAAACCCCCCGCCCUGAGGCCCAAACCCAUGGUUCUGCCCAAGUCCGGCCAGGCCGCACAGCCCCCGGCGACGACUCCUCAGGAUCCCCUGGACAAGUCCUGCACCAUGUAACCUCUGGGAAAGGAACCAGAGAGGAGUAAAACAAAAAAAUUCACUUCCGGAGGUGCUGCGUAAUGCAGCGUGUAGACCUCAUAGAUGUACCACGAACAAAUCUUAAGAGCGUGCAGCAUACGUGGGCCUCGGCAGGAAGAGACAUUUCUUUGUGACGUUUUAAGCUUAAAACAAGAUUUGAAAGAUGGUGUAGGAGUUAUUAUACGGACAGAUUUGUCAAGUCAGAAAAAUCUGUCAAAAAAAUGUGUUAACAUGCUUAGGUUAAUGUUAUCUAACUUUAAAAAAAUAAAAUUUAAAAAAAAUUCAAACAACAAAUCACAAAGGCUUCCUUCGAAAGGUUUUAGAAAAUGUAUACAAGGUAGUUUUAGUUUACAGUCGCUCAUCGUGUAACUCGGAACAACACGCGGUGCAACACGACGUAGCUCCUCUUGUUUUACCACUGAACCUGAGACAGAACUUGAUGAGAAGGACCGGCAGCAGGAGGUGAACUGCUUCAAAGGCCUUAACUGACUGUGAGAUGAAAACUGAUUCCAAAUGUAAAACUAUUUUUGAGGUUGCUGUGACUUCCUGGGAUGGACGCGGUUGGAGGCCCGGAGAGCCUUUAUUUACUAACGGUACUCCUUUCAGUAGAUUAGCAGUACUGAUGUUCUUUCCCUGCGACUUCCUGUGACGAGGCGUACCGUUGUACAAAGAUCCCCUCGGUGCUGGAUUUGCUCACAACGUAUUUGAAAUAUAUUUCCAUCUUGCCUGGAACGAGAUAUGAUGAUUGGAUGAAACCACUACUUUGCAUUCUUGAAUUCCCGCCUCAAUAACUGAUGAAGGGGACAAACGAUGCGUAAUAAAUUAGGCCUUUUACAUCUGUGUAACUUUAUAGGGAGCAGUGUGAAAAGUAAUGACAAAUCUCCUCCUCACCCCACAGUAUAUAUACACAACACACAAGGCUGUGACACGCUGUGAAACACAUGGCGUAGUUUUCCUUUCACGCCCCGCUUUCGCUUUUAGCAACCCAAAGACAUGGCCGUGUAGGUGUAGAGCGUGGAUUCUUCAUAUGGACCGCCGUGUACAGACUCGAGGCAGCGCCCUGUGCGAGUGCUGCCACUAGCCAUGGACCUGAUGACUGUUAGUGUGAAAGUGAAACGUGUUUUUCUCCCUGCUUCCCUUUGCUUUUCAAGUCCCUUAAAAAAAAAAAAAAAGCAGCUCAACUCGUUUUGUAUCACGGUCGGGUGAGACUGUCCCUCACCCGAGCUUUUUCUCUGUGGACUUUGCGGAAGACGACAGUCUUGCGUGAUCGGCAAUGAACAGGCCGUGGUCAGGUCAUAAUUUCAAAAUGCAAAAUCCCCCCCCCCCCCCCCCCGUAAAACGGUUAUGUGCCAGUGACUUCCACCAGUGUGACUGCAGCCCCUGUAGGUCUUUAUGAAGUGAACCUGUGCACUGUAGAAAAUAACAGCAUGUCCUGGGAAAUACGUGUCUAUAGCAUAACAACACCUAGAAGAGAUUUGGUUUGCUCUCUAUAACAGCAGGUUUACACUAUCGUCGUUGGCGUGACAAGAUACUUUGUGUGUAAUAAUCAAAAGCUAAUUUGAUUUUUCUGAAUUACUAACUUUCAUUAUUUUUAUUUUAUUUUUUAAUGAUAUUUGUUGUUUUCUUUGUUGUGCAGUUUCUGGGUAGAAUUGACUUCAGUUUAGAAAACAAAAUGAUGUAGAAUAAAAUAUCCAGAGAUGCAGAUUGUCCCGCCUACACAAUAUGAAGCCAGUUGUAUAAAAUGUGCUUUUGUCACGUAUGUAACAAUCAUCAACAGUAGAGAACUCUGUUACGUCAGCGGCUCUGUGGUGUUAAUGUACACAGUGGUAUGUAUGUACCUCGUGAAAGUGCCUUGGAAAAUGUUUUAAGAGGAACUUCAGACAUUCUGUCCUGUUUGCAUUUUCAUGUCAGAUGCUGUGUUUCUGAUAAAAAAAAAAACACAGGGCGAUAAAGCAGUGAACAAGUAAUGAUGCCAUUUUCAGAACAAGUUAUACGACAGAAUGAAUAAUAAAUAAACGGCUUACCCAUUGUGACAUUGCACUUUUGUGUGUAUAUAACUGUACAUAUGGCAUGUAACAUCAUAACAUGUAGAGUUCUUUGAGAGCGUAUACCUCCGAGGAUUUCUUUCCAAUAAAGAAAAUAGUUUGUCAAGUA